AUGGCGAGAUCAGCCGUGCACUAUGGGCAAUCCCUUAUCCGGGCGGACCGAAUGAUGCUAUACCCAUCCGAAGACAAGAUGGGUCUAAUGGCGAAUUUUCGACAUGGGAAGGAGUUCGAGAAACCGAGACCGAGCGAAGAAGAGCCGCUGCAAGAGCAGUGGGAACGGUCGGUCCUCGAAUUCGUCGCAGUCCAACCCCAAGUCCUGAGCGAAGUAUCUUCCCACGGCGAGAUUCGACGUGAAGGCGAGCGAUGGGCAAGUCGGACAGAAGACGAAGGCAGCCUCAUCAUCGCAUGCUGCGACCACACGGUCAAGUUCUUUGAGAUUUGGGCGGGGAAAAGUAAAGGAAAGAAAGUGUAUGGAUUGGGUCAGCGGGCAGGUGUGCUGGGCGGUAGUCGUGUUCUGGAAGGUUGGUGUGACAAUCUUGGUGUGGAUGAGAUUGGAUAUGGGGAGGACGUUAUCCGGUAG